GCUUAUUUAGGGUGACUGGCCUGAAAAACAUUAAACUCAUGGAAAACAAUAGCAAUAAUACCAACAACGCCAGUAACAAUAACAAUAACAAUAACAACAGCAACAACAGCAACAACAACAACAGCAACAAUACCAAUAACAACAAUAACAGUAGUAAGGCAGAUCAAACCAAUACAUCUACAACAAACAAUACCAAUGAUACUUCUAACGAUGCAUCUGAUCCAAAAAAGAAACGAACUGGUCCUAAAAGAAGAAAAGUGACUCAUGCUUGUGUCUAUUGUCGACGGUCUCAUAUGACUUGUGACGAUGGUCGACCUUGUCAACGAUGUAUCAAACGAAGUAUUGGUCAUUUAUGUCAUGAUGAACCAAAACACUCGAGUAAUGCACAAAACAACAAUCAAAAUAAAAACAGAGCUUCCAAUAAUACUACCAAUGGAAACAAUUAUGGUCUAGCUUCAAGUGUGUCUCAAACUGGAGCUCUAGGAUCCAAUAGUAAUCUUGGUGGUCUUCCUUUACAAUUUUUUGGUCAAAUGGGUACAGGACAACUGACGUUUGCUAGUGAACAUAUGGGCAAUGAAAUUUCUGUCAUCAGUGAUUUCUUGGAUUCUUUAGGUGGUGAUGCAAGUGCAAUCUAUGGCAAUAAUCAACAACAAGCGAACAGCAAUAACAAUAACAAUGCACCUACUGUGAAUACCACUGAAAAAUUUUUCUUGACGGCCGCGGAUCCAUCGGAUGGUAAACUGGAAGAUCGAUUAACAGAAGUGAUCAACGCAAAGUACGAGGCUGGUUUCCUCAAACCUUACAAUUAUGUCAAUGGUUAUGCACGACUACAGAAAUAUAUGGACAACAAUAUGUCUGCGUCAAGUCGGCAACGUAUUUUGAAUGUGAUGGGAACCUUCCGUCCGGCUUUUCGAUCUGUAGCACAAUCUCUUACUGAUAUCGAUUUGAUUUUGGUAGAAGAAGCCUUUGAAAGAUUAUUACUUGAUUAUGAUAGAGUUUUCAGUUCUAUGGGGAUUCCAGCUUGUUUAUGGCGUCGUACGGGUGAAAUUUACAAAGGAAAUAAGGAAUUUGCGUCACUUGUGAAUGUACCUAUUGAAACCUUACGAGAAGGUCGAUUAUGUAUUUACGAAUUGAUGGCUGAAGAAUCCGCUGUCAAUUAUUGGGAAAAAUAUGGCAACAUUGCUUUCGAUCCUGGACAGAAAGCUGUUCUCACAUCCUGUUUAUUGAAGAAUCCUGAACCGGAUAAUACUAGUGUGAUAUCUUGUUGUUUUUCUUUUACAAUUCGUCGCGAUAAGUAUAAUAUUCCUACUGUGAUUGUUGGCAACUUUUUACCGGUUCAAUUACAAUAACCUUUUCUCUUUUCUUUCUUUCCUUUUUUUUUUUUUUUGUCGUAUAC